AUGGACCUUCGGCCUCGGAACUUCCAUGACAGAAUGGUGGAAUUGGCUAGACGCCAAGAUGAGGUCGCUCUCACCACCGUGGAUGGCACAGUCUACUCGAUCGCGUACGUUACAGCAACACCGACAUUUACCGGCGUGAUUGGAGGCUAUACUACUCUUACUGGCGAUGACUCUUCUGCCACCGAAGCACCUACCGAUGAGACCACAGCUCCUCCCGACUCCGCUACCAACUCGCCCAUUGCAGCUGCGACCACUUCGGCCACGACCACACUCGUAUCCUCCACGGAGAGUAGCCCGACUUCUGCAUCGUUGAUCGCGCCCGCCAUCACAUCGUUCACUACCUCUGCUGGUAUUAUUGGAAGCACCAACACAGGUUCUGUUGCGGCUGCGUCAGCUCCGGCCAGUUCCUCGGCGGAAUCCUCAAGCUCGUCGAGCAGUGGACUCUCGACGGGUGCAAAGGCUGGUCUUGCCAUUGGUAUUAUUGCGGUCGUCGGACUCGUUGCUGUCUUCCUCUUAUGGUUACUCGGAAAGAAGAGGCGCCAGAUCGAGGCACAGAACGGAACAGACAACGAGAAGAACACUCCUGCUCCAGGUGUUAACAGCACCGAGAUGGCCACAAGAAGCCCGCCCAUCAGUGCAACAGCUCCCCGAAUAAGUCUACGACCCGUAUCUCGCAUGUUACCAGAGUUCAUGGGCGCGUCUUCUAAGAGCAGGCUCAGCGCCGGCAACAUGCUAAACACCAUCGGAGAAUCGGAUUCUGCUGCGACUCGUAAGACACCAUCUCCACAACCGCGAGGUCCGAGUCCAGGUCCAGCUCGUGGACUUGGUCUGGCCGCAGCUACCCAAAGCUCUCAAGACAACCACCCGAACAAUCCUUUUGCCGACCCUCAGAAUCCCUUUGCUGAUCCUGAGAAACUGCCAAUCCAAGCGCCAGCGCCUCUUGUUGUACCGCCUUCUGCCGCUAAAUCACCGGCUGCUACUCCCGCCGCUCCUGUUGCUUCCAUGGCUUCUGGUGCCAUUGGUGGCGCCAGUGCUGUCAGCGCUCCGCCUGCUACUACCGUACCGAAGCCUACUCCAGCUCCGGCUCCGGCUCCGGUCCCUGUCAAGAUGCCAGUGGCAGUCCCAGCACCUGUGUCCGCACCUGCUCCUGCUCCUCAGCUCUCACCACAGCCCACCUCGUCUCCAGCCUCUUCCGCGCCUGCGUCGCCAGCUCUUGUCGCCGCCGCCGGCCAAGGUUCCAAUGCUCCUCAUCCCGAAGCUCCUCAAGGUAACGUGUAUCGCGUGCUUAUGGAUUUUGCACCCUCCAUGGAUGACGAAUUGGAGUUGAAGAGUGGUCAACUCGUCCGGAUGCUUCAUGAAUACGAUGAUGGUUGGGCACUGUGUAUCCGCCUCGACCGAUCUCAGCAAGGUGUCGUUCCUCGAACAUGCCUUGCCGCCAAACCGUCGAAGCCUAAGCCUUCUCACCUCAACCAGUAUGCUCGACCUACGCCCGGCGGUCCGGUGUCUCGUCCCAUGUCACCAGCGGGUGGCCCACAACGCCCAAUGAGUCCUGCAGGACGAUCCAUGAGCCCUAUGGGGAGGCCGAUGAGCCCUGCUGGAAGGCCCAUGAGUCCUGCUGGAAGGCCAAUGAGUCCUGCAGGAAGACCAAUGAGCCCUGCUGGGAUGCGACGACCUAUGAACCCAGGGUUCAAUCAACCACCACGAGCAAUGUCCCCUGGACCGAGGGCUGGACCGAGAGCUGGACCACCAGGUAGAAGCAUGUCGCCAGGCCCCUACGGCGGUCGAAAUGGCCCGCCACCCAUGGCUGCUGUCAGUCGACGAAGGAGCAACUCCGCCAGCAACGUGAGGGAGAAACGAAAUUCUCCUGUUGGACCUUCCAAGCUCGGACCAGGCAUGGCGAUCUGA